CGCCAGGAGCUCGGAGCUCUCCCUCGCCGCGGUGCUGAACGCAAGCCGCGCCGGCGCGGAGAGGCUGGGAGAGCAUCUUCCGCCCAGCUUCGCCGGAGAUCCCGCGCCUUUCUGGAACGGGCUGGCCAUCUUGCCUCCCAGCGGCCCUGCGCCUGCAGGCGGAGUUUCCUUCCAGCCCUAUGGCGGUCCGGCCAAAGACCCUGCGGGGCUAACAGGGAAAGGGCGGGAAGCAGCUGGGGAAGGGCAGCGGAGUGGGUGUUGAGAGUGGGAACCGCUCCUCUGAGCCCAAAGAGCCGUGGAGCAGGCCCUUAAAGGAGGACAAGGAGGCCCCGUGCCUUUCCACCCAGGGUGCCUGAAUACAGUCCCUGGUCCUCAGGCAGCGUCUGGUACCCCAGGGGGCACCAUUCCCCUUUGGCCCUGCCCUCCUUGUCUUCAGCUUCAGAGGCCAGGAGUCUUACUUUUUCCUAUCCUCCACAGAGAGAGGGGGAGAGGGAGAGAGAGGUACCUGCCUGUCUGCCAACCAAUGGCAAGGGCCGCCUUUCCUGUGGAACCACUGCCUGCCAGCUCUCAGGACUUUUAAUGACCUGGUAGUUGAUGGCUUUCAUAAGGGAGCUCAUUUUCAGGUGAAGGAAUAUUCUCUGAUCUUCUUUGAACUUGCAAAUAUUGUUUCAUGGCAGGGCUGCUCACAUUUCUUGCCAUGUGCCCUUGGCUACAGCACCCUUCCAAACACACCUUCCAAAGGAUGUGACUGAUGGGUCUGCAGGCCAUGGAGGUUCUUCAGGAAAAGCCCCCUUCUUCAGGAGGAAGCCCCACUUCCAUCUUCCUUAUGACCCUAGAUAGUUUUUGGUGCUGUUUUGGUGGUUUAGGAAACUUGCAGGCUUUGGGGAUUGUCCUAAUUUAUGCAUCAGCUUUUUGUUCUCUCUGAGGAUAUUGAAUGCACAAGCUCCCCACCAGAGCACAUUUUACUUGUGUUUGUCUAACUGAAGCUCUCUGACUUGUUUCCUGGAAAAGACAUGGGGGAUGGGAGCAUUUCAAACUCCACAUUGAAAGUUCCUAGACUGCUCAAACUGAAAGGCAACCCUGAGGCCAAAUCAAGAUGUCAUGGAUCUGAUGUCAUGGAUUGGGCCCUGAUUUGCCCCCCCCCCUUUCCCUUCUCAGCUUCUAUGCAGCCAUUACAGACAUGCAUCUCUGAAGGACUCAGCCUGCUAGUAGCCAGCAUGGGUUUCUUAAAAAUGGAUCAUGCCAGACAAAUCUUAUAUCCUUUUUUGAUUGACUAAAUUAAUGGACCAGCAAAAUACUGUGGCAAAGUAUAUUUGGGCUCCAGUAACGCAUUUGAUAAAAUAGACCAUCGCCUACUUCUUGGCAAGAUAGAACAAUGUGGGAUAGACAGCAUCAUCACCAGAUGGAUUUGUAAUUGGCUGACCAACUGGUUAACCAACUGGCUGACUGCAUCUAGAUGGAGGGGAGUAUGGAGUGGGGUAACCUAAGGCUCUGUCUCAGGCCCAGGACUCUUCCACAUCUUAACAAGUGAUCUAGAUGAGGAGAUUGAAACUCAGCAAAUUUUGCAGUUGACACCAAGCCAGGGGAAAUUGCUAACACUUUUGAUGACAGAGUCAAAAUCCAGAAGGAGCGUUGGGUCCUAUCCAACAAGACACAGUUCAACGGUGAGAAAAGACUUAGGCAGAAAAAUGAAAUGCAUAAGUAUAGAAGGUACCUGGGUCGACAGUAGUAACUGAGAGGGAUAUAGGUGUCCCGGUGGACCACCACUUCAGUAUGAUCCAGCCAUGUGCUGCAGCUGCCAAAAAAGCCAAUGCAGUCCUGGGAUGCAUCAAUAGAAGGAUAGCAUCAAGAACAUGAGAAAUUAUAGUACCACUCUAUACUGCACUGGUGAGGCCACACUUGGAGGACUCCAUACAGUUCUGGUCACCAUGAUACAAAAAAGGAUGUCGAGACCCUAAAAAGUGUGCAGAGAAGAGCAACAAAGAUGAUGGCAAACCUAUGGCACACAUACCAUAAGUGGCACAUGGAGCCAUAUCGGUGGGCAUGCAAGCGUUACCCUAGCUCAGCUGAUUUUUGGGGCUUCUGGGCCCACUGGAAGUUGGGAAACAGGCUAUUUCCGGCCUCCAGAGGGCCUCCAGGGGGGUGGGGAAGGCCAUUUUCGCCCUCCCCAGGCUCCUAGAAAGGUUCUGGAGCCUGGAGAGAGUGAAGAACAGGCCUUCCAGUCCCACCGGAAGUUAGCAAAUGGGAGGUUUCCGGUCUCCGGAGGGCCUCUGGGGGGAUGGGGAAGGCUGUUUUCGCCCUCCCCAGGCUCCAAGAAAGCCUCUGGAGUCUGGGGAGGGCGAAAAAUGGGCCUACUGGGCCCACCAUGUGCCAUGAUAGCAAAAAGGUUAGCCAUCACUGAUCUAGACAGUAGAUCAUACGAUGAAUGGUUGAGGGAGCUAGGUAUGUCUAGCUUAUCAAAGAGAAGGACUAGUGGUGACGUGAUAGCCAUCUUCUGGUACUUGAGGGUCUGUCACAAAGGAGAAGGGAUUGACUUAUUCUCCAGAGCACCAGAGGGCAGGAUAAGAAGUAAUGGGUAGAAGCUUGUUAAAGAGAGAUCCAACUUAGUAGUAAGGAGAAAUAUGGAAUAGUUUGCCUCCCAGAGUUGUGGCUUUUCCAUCGCUGGAAGUUUUCAGAAAUAGACUGGACAACCUUUUGACUGGGAUAGUAUAGGGCCUCCUGCCUUGAGCAGAGGGUUGGACUAAAUUAGAAGACCUCUGAGGCCCCUUCCUGCCUAGGAUUCUAUGUUCUGUGCUUCCCUUCCAGCCUAUGUGCAGGAUAUUCCAUUAUUCUGUGCUUCUUCUAGAGCACCUAAGAAAGGAGGAGCACCUUGAGAAGUGAUGUCGGUGGCGUAACUGUUCCAUGCCUUGGUUGAUGGCUGGGAGUGGAAGGGGGAGCCCUCUAGUACCCCAGCACCUCCUUGCCUGUGCUUCUCCCCACUCCCCAUCAGGCAUGGACAGACUUCCCAUGUCCCAAAUGUUCUUGAGGCUAAAACUGAUGACAGCACCAGCCAGGCCUGAAUGACCCUUCAGAAUUCAGGACCAGGCUGUCUCCCUGUCAGGGCACAUUGCAACACUGAACUUAAAAUUCAUGCCUGGUUGCUCUGUGUGUGUCUCUCAUUUCUUCCUUUCAGGUUAAAAUGGCAUUGGGGAGUUUGUGGUUCAGCAUCUCGUGGGAAUCCAGCCACUGCCUGGUGUGAGCCAGGCCCUCCGAUUACGUCAGAAUCCUUCUCUUUGCAAAGCCCACGGAUGUUGUAUGACUAUCAGAACGGGAUUUUGUUAGCCUGGUUUUAGCUAUUCAUAUACAUGACACUCCAGCUAGCCAGCCAGCUAGUUCUGUCUAUAUUAUUUGAGUGCUGUCUCUUUUUCAGAUUGACCCGUGAGCUGGACAGGUGUAAAUAAAUCAAACGCUGCUCCAGGCAGCAACAGUAGAAACAGAGAGGCCCAGUUCUUCUGGCUGCUUUGGGCUUCCCGUGAAGCCUGUUUUUGCCUGUCUAAGGGGGCUUCCGCCCUACAGUAGCUGAGCCUUGUUGUGGGUGUGAGUCUAAGCCAGGCUUAUGAAGCCGAAAGCCAAAGGCGAUCUGAGGACAGGCUGCCUUUCAUUCCCGUUGGCUGAGUGUAAAUGAGCCACAGAUCUUCCUAGCUGAGAGUUGAACUCUGGGCUCCUGCCACUCUGUGCUUGGCUGUUUGCUUGCAGGCAUUUCAUGAGCUGGCAAGGUCACAUUAUCAGUGCUCUGUGCCCUGAUGAUGUUUCCUAAUCGGGUUGUGAAAUAUUUGCAAGCAAGCAAGUGUGCAGACACACACCAAGGACUCCAGGGUUAAUGAUCCCUUCAGCUUCCCCAGGACAUCUGAACCCUCUAACCUGGUGGGAACCUGUGAGGGGGUUUUCUCUGCAGAUGCAGCCCACCCUUCUUUGUAGCCCACUCACUUAUCUGAAACAGAGAACUCUUCAGUCCAUGAAAGACUCCAACCACCGAGAAGGAGGAGGCCUAAUGGAGCUUCCCCCUGGGACGAUUGCUGGGCUGUUCGUGACCGACUACUUCACCCGGACGCCCCGCAAGCUGAAUGCCUUCCGCUCCUUCACCAGCCUAGAGCUCUUCCAUUUCCGCAUCCCGGAGGACACGGCGGUGGCCGUCUGGAACCUGGUCACCUUCAAAGAGCAGGGCGGCAGCCUCGGGGACCGAUGCCCGGACCGGAGCAUCACCGUGUAUUUUCGCUCAGGAGCGCCACCAGUCAUUAACCCGCUGGGCAUGCACUUCCCCAGGGACACAGCCGUGCCUGGCUCCUUUGCCCUCACGCUCACUUGGACGCUACCCAACCGGACCACCGGAGUCUUCAACAUCACCAGCCCCCUGCCCGGGGACUGGUUCCUGGCUGCCCAUUUGCCCAAAGAGCAGGGCAAGAUCUCUGUCAAGGGACUUGCAGAGGACUGCCAGUAUCUCUUCCAGCCGCAGCUCAUCGUCCAGCGCCUGGUGGGCAUUGCGGUGCUGCACCCAGGCUAUGAGACUGAGCACGUCCUCUCCCCCCACAAUCGGUCCCUGCUGUACAAGGUCUUCGUCCCCAGCUACACCUCCAGGGUGCUCCUGCAGUUGCGAAGCUGCCACAGGGGCAACCAGAGUGCACCAGGCUGCCCACUGGGACUGAAAGUGCGUGGCAAAGCCCCCCCUCUGCACAACUCCACAGCCGUGGACUGCCGAGAGCAGCUGCCCUGCCGCCUCGUGCUGGAGCGCCCCUUCUGGCAAAACUGGUACUUCAUCCUGGUGGAGAAGCUUCUGCCGCUGCCUGACCGGAUCAGCUUCCAGCUGGGGGUGCAGCUGAAGGACUGCUCCCGGACUGGCCUGGGGGAAGCCCAGCUACCUGCCUCCCACUUGAACAUGCCUCACUCCUUCGGCUCCCCAGGAGGGCUGGCCCUGGCGGACCUCCUGUCCCCCUCCCUCCCCAGCAGCUUCCAGCCCCCAGCCACCCCCACGCCCCCCAGGCCUCCCAGAGGUGGGGAGCACUGCUGGCCCACCCGGCCAACUCUGCGCAACGAGCUGGACACCUUCUCGGUGCACUUCUACAUCUUCUUCGGGCCCAACGUGUCAGUGCCCCCUGACCGGCCAGCCGUCUUUGCCAUCAAUCUCCUGCCCGUGCUGGACAGCGGAGGGAUCCUCAACCUGGAGCUGAAGCUGAAUGUGUCUUCUCUGCACGGGGAGAAUGCCACCGUCUUUGCGUGCUUGAACCACGAGGUGCCUUUGGCCUCAGAAGGGGACUCCUCAGUGACCUGCCAGACAGAGCUGCUGGCUGGGUUCCUGCUGUCCAUCAACGCCGCCUCCCCCUUCACCCGACUGCGGAUCCCCUACCCCCAGACGGGGAGCUGGUACCUGAGUCUGCGCUCGCUCUGCACCACGGACCAAAGGUCUUCGUCCUGUGGGAACGUGACCGCUGAAGUGUACUUGCGUGCCUUCCUCUCGCCCUGCAUAAACGACUGCGGCCCCUACGGCCAGUGCAAGCUUCUGCGCACCAACAACUACCUGUAUGCAGCCUGCGAGUGCAAAGCGGGCUGGAGCGGCUGGGGCUGCACCGACAAUGCGGCCGCCUUCUCCUACGGCUUCCAGCUGCUCUCCACCCUCCUCCUGUGCCUGAGCAAUCUCAUGUUCAUCCCCCCAGUGGCCAUUGCGGUGCGGACCGGCUACCUGCUGGAGGCAGCCGUCUACAUAUUCACCAUGUUCUUCUCCACGUUCUACCAUGCGUGUGACCAGCCGGGCAUUGUGGUCUUCUGCAUCAUGGACUACGACGUCCUGCAGUUCUGUGACUUCUUGGGCUCCCUCAUGUCCGUCUGGGUCACCGUCAUCGCCAUGGCCCGCCUGCAGCCCGUCAUCAAACAGGUGCUGUACCUGCUGGGAGCCAUGCUCCUCUCCAUGGCCCUGCAGCUGGACCGCCACGGCCUCUGGAACCUGCUGGGGCCCAGCCUCUUCGCUGUGGGCGUCAUGGCCAUCGCUUGGACGGCUCGCAGCAUCCACCGGCGGCAUUGCUACCCACCCACCUGGCAGCGCUGGACCUUCUGCCUCCUGCCCGGAGCCCUGAUUGCUGCCUCGGCCGUGCUGCUCUAUGCUUUUGUGGAGACGGAGGAGAACUACUUCUAUAUCCACAGCAUCUGGCACAUGCUGAUUGCUGGCAGUGUGGGCUUCUUGCUGCCACCCCAGGCCAAGGCGGAGGCAUCUGAGCUGGCGGGACCCCUGCCUCGCCGGAAGGGCUGCGGCUACCAGCUCUGCAUCAACGAGCAGGAGGAGCUCGGCCUGGUGGACCCGGGCAAUGCUGGCACUGGCGUUUCCAUCACCAGUGUCUGCACCAGCUGAUGCAGGGCGGUGGCCUAGGGGACUUCAGACAGACGGGUGGCCAAGAUGAGAGCCUCCCCCCAAGCCAGACCACUCUUGCUCUGGACUCUGUGCCAACUAUGGACCCCUCCACUCUUGGCCCAGGGCCUCUGGUGCCAAGGGAGGGGAGACUGUCACGUGCCUACCUGCCUGGAUGCCCAGGGAUGAUGCAGAAGAGGAGUCUUCCUCCCCCCAGUUCACGAGGCUCCCCCACCAUGCCCUUCCCUUGCGCCGCCCCCCCUCCCAAUAUGCACACACUACACUGGAAGAUCAUUUCUGGAGAGAGGCAGAACAGCCCCCACCCCUGCAAGCUCAAGGCCUUUGCAUCCUCAGAGGGGCAAAGCAGCAGCUGCUUCUGGCUUCAGAAGUCUGGGGCUCCCCACAGGAAGGCCAGGCUGCUGCCAGUGCCCCCCUGCCUGUCUGAGGGGACAGUGCCUCCAUUCCCGCACCCAGCCAUAACAUUAGCGCCUCUGGAGUUUUGGCUGGGGUGGGGGCAGGAGGGCUGCCCCUGAGAAAGUGCCUGGCUUCAGACAUGUUGAGCCAGCGCCCGCUCCCCCGAGACCCACAAGUCAUCCCUGGCCUGUGGAGAGCCGCCCUCCUCACCGAGAUCCAGGUGUUGGGGUAGCCAGGGCCUGCCCACACCUGGAAAGUUUUCUGGGCACCGUUCCUUUCCCACCUCCCUGCGGAAGCUGGCAGCCCCCCACAUGGGAGCGGCUCCGACUGCCUGGUGCGGGAGGGGCUCCUCGGCUGGCUACCUGGGCAAGUUCCAGGCCUUUCCCGCUGCAGCUGCAGGGGGCAAAAGGGCCCCGUCCGCCACUAACCCCGCGGCUUCCCUCCCCCUGGAGCCCCACCGGGAGAGCAGCGGGGAGGAAAGGCGCGCCCCCUCCCCCCCCACGGCCGGAGCCCAGGGCGCUUCAUCCUGGAAGAGGCUCCGGGGGGUCUCCGAGCCCCCCAAAAAGGUGCCAGCAAAUUCUCGUUUUUCAUGUGGGAAGAGGAAGGUGGCUCCGUGCACGGGGGGGGGGGGACUCUACCCGCUGUGUUUAACUGUAACUGCAAUUGAAAUGCACAUUAAAUGUAUUUUUGCUCUGGC